UAUUACUGCAAGAACUUUGCUGAAACAAAGAAGAUCCAUUGGACAAAUGGGAAAUUAUAAAUCUAGACCAACCCAGACUUGCACGGAUGAAUGGAAGAAGAAAGUCAGUGAAUCCUACGCCACGGUCACGGAGCGGCUGGAGGAUGACCUGCAAAUCAAGGAAAAGGAGCUGGCAGAGUUAAAGCAUGUUUUCAGCUCCGAUGAAGCCUUCGGCAAAGUCAACCUGAAUUACCGCACGGAGAACGGGCUCUCGCUGCUGCACCUGUGCUGCCUGUGUGGGGGCAACAAAUCACACAUCAGAACUCUCAUGCUGAAAGGGCUGCGCCCAUCCAGACUGACGAGAAAUGGAUUUACAGCUCUGCACUUGGCAGCUUAUAAGGACGACGUGGAGCUGCUGAUGGCGCUGCUGCACGGCGGGGCUGACAUCCAGCAGGUCGGGUACGGGGCGCUGACGGCCCUGCACGUCGCCACCAUUGCCGGCCACCACAAGGCUGUGGAUGUUCUCCUGCAGCACGGGGCCUACGUGAACGUGCAGGACGCCGUGUUCUUCACCCCGCUGCACAUCGCUGCCUACUGUGGCCACCAGCAGGUAACCCACCUCUUACUGAAGUUUGGAGCCGAUGUGAAUGCGAGUGGUGAGGUUGGGGACAGACCUCUCCAUCUGGCUGCUGCCAAAGGCUUUCUCAACAUCACAAAGCUUUUGAUGGAAGAGGGAAGCAAAGCUGAUGUGAAUGCUCAGGACAACGAAGACCAUGUGCCUCUGCACUUCUGCUCUCGAUUUGGGCACCAUGAUAUUGUGAAGUUCUUACUGCAGAGCAGCUUUGAAGUGCAGCCCCACGUGGUGAAUAUCUAUGGAGACACACCUCUGCACCUUGCCUGUUACAAUGGCAAGUUUGAAGUUGUCAAGGAAAUAAUUCAGCUCUCGGGAACAGAAAGUCUCACUAAAGAAAAUAUAUUCAGUGAAACAGCUUUCCACAGUGCUUGCACCUAUGGAAAGAACAUAGAACUUGUCAAGUUUCUUCUUGACCAGAAUGUUGUAGGCAUCAAUCAUCAGGGGAGAGAUGGGCACACAGGAUUGCACUGUGCUUGCUACCACGGCCACAUUCGCCUCGUGCAGUUCUUGCUGGAUAACGGAGCUGAUAUGAACCUUGUAGCUUGUGAUCCCAGCAGGUCCAGUGGAGAAAAGGAUGAGCAGACCUGUUUGAUGUGGGCUUAUGAGAAAGGCCAUGAUGCAAUUGUGACCCUCCUGAAGCAUUACAAGAGACCUCAGGAUGAAUCCCCCUGCAAUGAAUACUCCCAGCCUGGAGGAGAUGGUUCCUAUGUGUCAGUGCCAUCCCCUCUAGGGAAGAUUAAAAGCAUGACAAAAGAAAAGGCUGAUGUCCUCCUCCUCCGGGCUGGUUUGCCUUCCCACUUCCACCUCCAGCUCUCCGAGAUAGAGUUCCAUGAGAUCAUCGGCUCAGGGUCUUUUGGAAAAGUCUAUAAGGGACGAUGUAGAAAUAAAAUUGUUGCCAUCAAACGUUACCGAGCCAACACCUACUGCUCCAAGUCUGAUGUGGACAUGUUCUGCCGUGAGGUUUCCAUUCUCUGCCAGCUGAACCAUCCCUGUGUCAUCCAGUUUGUGGGAGCCUGCCUGGACGACCCCAGCCAGUUUGCCAUUGUCACCCAGUACAUCUCCGGGGGAUCGCUCUUCUCCCUGCUCCACGAGCAGAAGAGAAUUCUUGAUCUGCAGUCUAAAUUAAUCAUUGCUGUAGAUGUGGCCAAAGGCAUGGAGUACCUCCACAAUCUCACACAGCCCAUCAUACAUCGGGAUUUGAACAGUCACAAUAUUCUCCUGUAUGAGGAUGGUCAUGCAGUAGUUGCUGAUUUUGGAGAAUCUCGAUUUCUGCAAUCCCUGGAUGAAGACAACAUGACAAAACAACCUGGGAACCUGCGCUGGAUGGCCCCUGAGGUGUUCACACAGUGCACAAGGUACACCAUCAAAGCUGAUGUCUUCAGCUACGCUUUGUGCCUCUGGGAGCUGUUAACAGGGGAAAUUCCAUUUGCUCACCUGAAACCAGCGGCAGCGGCGGCUGACAUGGCAUAUCACCAUAUCCGCCCUCCCAUCGGCUACUCCAUCCCCAAGCCCAUCUCUGCCUUGCUGAUGAGAGGCUGGAAUGCCUGUCCUGAGGGGAGACCAGAGUUUUCAGAAGUUGUCACAAAGUUGGAGGAGUGUCUGUGCAAUAUUGAGUUAAUGUCUCCAGCCUCCAGCAACAGCAGCGGGUCCCUGUCUCCCUCCUCCUCCUCAGACUGCCUGGUGGCCCGUGGUGGCCCUGGCCGCAGCCACGUGGCCGCCCUGCGCACCCGCUUCGAGCUGGAGUACGCGGUGAACGCGCGGGCGAGCGCUGCCUGGAGCCAGGGCACUGGGCACCCCCCUUCUCAGGGCCUGUCUCUGGAUGACGUGAGAAGGAGCUUCCAGUACCCACCCGUGGACAAGAACGGGUACGUGUCGGACCCCCUGAGCACCAUGAGGUUCCACUCCUGCGGCGGCAGCGUGGAGGACAGCGGCUGAGGGACCCUGCCCCAGCCCGGCCAUCCACCUCACCCACAACCCUGAGUGUCCCCCUGACACCCCUGGACUCAACAGCUUUACUGCUGAUGACAAAUGUCCCUGUCCUGCAUUCUGCUUUUGCAUCUCCCUCGGCUGACCACCCCGUGCCCUGCAGCAGCAACUCUGACCAUUAAAAGAGGGAAUAGAGGCAGGGCAGCAGAAGUUGAACUCUUCCUCUAGCAAUUACAGAGUUAAUCAUGCUAUUAUUUUCUGGGGUCUUUUUUCAAAUGAACAAAAUUUACCUUUAAUAGUGUAAGUGUGGCCAAGGCAGAGCUGCCUUCCUGGCUGAGCAGAAUCAGUAUUUCCCAGUGCUGGCAGUGAUGUUACUGGGGAUGUUGUGUUUCUACAGCCAUGAUCCCUGAAGCAGAUCUGCAGUGAGGCCUCAAGCAGUGUGACAGACAUGAAGUAUGCAUGGUGAGCUCUGACAGUGCUUCUGACACGCCUGCCAUUACUUCAGUAGUGCUGAAGUAAUAAAAACGGGGAAGAUUUCACCGUAGAAAGCUUCGAGGUCAUUUUCCAUUUGUUAUUUCCCUUGCUGCAAAGUUGAAUGGGGAGAAGCUGUUAGAGCUCUGUUCCAGCUCUCCCACCACUGCCCCUGGUACCAGCCCGUGGUCACCACUGCUCCACUGGGCUCGUGUCUCGAGUGCAGUUCCAUUUACAGCAGCAGCUGCUGGGACAAUAGAACUGUCAGAAUCAAUACACAGGAAAGCCUGGGAUGGGGCUCACAAGGAGACCAGCUGGUCCCUGUCUGCAAUCUCCUGGCCCAAGAAGUCUCAAGAUUCCCAUGGAAGGGGCUGAGCAAGAGGAAUUAUAAAGCUCCAGCAAACCACAACAAAGCAACAUCCAGAUUUGUCUACAGCUGGAGGAAAUGUGUUGUGUUCUUUCUACAAGUACAAGCAAGGCUGGCAGUUUGCAUGCUGUGAGGGAAGGGGGGCAGAGCAGAAGGGAGAAGCUGCAUCUGGGAUGCUGAUGAAAAUUGCCUGCCUGACUCUAAUUGGCCAGAUGAUGAUCUGCUCCACGUGGCCGAGCCACAGAAGCACUAGCAGGGAACAGGCUGAUGAAAGAGGGUGGACAGAGAUUAGGUCUCCUUCCUUGAUCUUUGCCUUGGCCAGAAACACCAAUGGUACAGAAAGGAUCCAUUUUCAUAUCUGAAGAAUCAAUUCCAGCACUGAUUCUUUUUCAACAGGAAUGCAGAAUUUUCUGCAUUCUAUCUUCUUCCCUUGCUUAAAGUAACCAUACCGUGACUGCAUUUAGUGACUGGGCCUGAAAACCAGAAAAUAAACUGGAUUAGAGAAACAAAAGUGGAGCAAGGAAGCAGGCUUCAUGUGCAUUAAUACUUCUGUGUACUCACUGAUA